AUGGAAAAGCUGGCUUUAGCAGUUGUAGUUUCAGCAAGGAAGUUGCGAGCGUACUUUCAAUCACAUUCGAUUGUCGUCCUAAAGGGCAUAAUCUACCGGUAUGGCGUUCCGCACGAAAUCGUCACGGAUAACGGCCCACAGUUCAUCUCCUCGCAAUUCGAGGGAUUCUGUGCUAAAUGGAAAAUACGGCUUAGCAAGUCAACUCCUCGUUAUCCGCAAGGGAAUGGACAAGCCGAAGCGAUGAACAAGGUUAUACUGACUAAUUUAAAGAAAAGGUUGGAUUCUUGCAAAGGGCGCUGGCCAGACGAACUCCAAGGAGUACCUCUAGGCAAUCCGAACAACUCCUCGAUGGGCUACAAACGAGACACCUUUUUCUUUAGUAUAUGGGGUUGA